AUGCGUAUAGGAUGAUCUCAAUAGGCAACACGUCGUAUUCAGCGCGCAUAUAAAAAUGGAAUUGCUCAUAUGUGGUGCAUACAGUUAAUGAUUAGCAAUAGAUGUAGUUGCUCCUUAUCUACAUACAGACUUGUAAAGUUCGUGCGUGAAGUGAUUGUGAAUAAUUUCUGAUAAACAUGGACUUAAACAAGAUAAAUGAAAUUGCAGCUACGGGCUACACGAGUAAGUUGAAAAAGAGCCUGCACGAGCUACCGCUUAACCAAUACCAGACUGUACCUUCAUUGAGAAUCUUACAAGGACGUUUUGGACAGGUGCCGUUGGUGGAGCUAAACAAUUUCGUAGUGUAUCUACCAGGGAAAGCGACAGAAGUGAUCAUCAAAAACCUAGAAAAUUUCACUCCGGGACGUUACGCAAUUGCGUAUACAGGCAGCGAGGCCAGCUCUUUCGGAGACAAUCAAGUUCACCAUUUUAAGCUUAAGAAUCUACACGAAUAAGUAAGAACACUACUUGUAUUAUAUGCUAAGGUUGUUAUCCGCGAGGUAAAGUAAUAUUGAUUUGUUUUGAACGAAAUUCAAUGGAUCUUUCAGAACCAUUCAGCGAAUCGGUUAAAAAUACUGUUAAGAUUUUUAAAAAAGCUUAUGAAACUCUUACUGAAAAAAGACGUGCUUUUGAAUCAGAUAAAAAACGUUGGAUAAAAGUGAUUAAUGAAAAUUUAAAAUUUUUUUACAAAGCUCUUAAAAAUAAAUAUAUUGGUGUUAAUAGCCGAAAAGCUGUUCAUACUGGUGUGGUACACUUGAAAAGAUAUAAAUUUUUACUAGAGUCCUUUCAUGUAGGUCGUGGUCCAUCCAGUACACCAAAAAAGGUUGUAUCGGAAGACACUGUGUCAGCCUUUGUUAGUCGAAUUCAUACCGGUGUUAUUAUAAAUUUAAAACAUGUUGAUAUACAUGAUUUUUUCAUAGAUGCGUUCAAUCUAUUUGAACAUCAAAUACAAACUAAAUUCUCCGUAAUGCCCAUUUUGAAAGUAAAUGGGACCUUUUGUGGUGAAUUUAUUAAGUCUUCAGAUGGUAUAGAUAUCAAUGAUUUUAAAUAUUUCAAUACCAGAAAUGCUAUCAUUGAUCGGACUACAAAUUUACAACAAUGGUUCAAGGAUAACAUUGUUGACAAAAUUUUAAUAAUGUUAUCCCAAAUUAAAUGAUUUCGAACCAUUACCAUUGGAAAGUGACAAUGAUGAUGAUGAUUUUAACACAGAUGAUGAUGGUGAUUUUGAAAUUACUUAUCAUUAGGUGUGUAUCAAAAAUCUUUCUCGUUUAGUACACAAUCAAUUAAGUAAUGCUCACGAUAAGAAAUGGAUUUGUGAUAGAUGUCUUCAAUACUUCCAUACAGAGAAGCAGCUACAUGAACAUGAAAUCCACUGUCAAAAAUUGAACGACUACAAAAUAUCAUUUCCUAAAGACGGUAUCCUUAAAUUUAAGAACUUCCGAUAUGCGGAGAAAGUACCUUUUAUAAUUUACGCUGACUU